AGAGGAGGAGAGGAGGAGGAGCGUAAGGGAUUGACUCAGUGAGGGAUUGAGCUCACUGUCAUGCGAUGUUGCGUUACCGGAUAGCGGUCACAUCGAACCAUUUCUCUACUUCUCCAACUCAGUAACGGCAGCCGAGGCGUUAGUGGACGAGGCGCAUCACACAGUCAAUCUGCAGCGGACACGUGUCCCUGUUUCAGCUGAGCAUUGGUUUCAGAGACAUGUCGAGGAGCUGCGCUACUGCCUGACGCGGCCUUCAUAUGUGAGUCUUCGUCUGCUACCAAGAGUCUCCAGCCACAGGACGAGGGGCGCGACUAGGACUGUGACCAUGUUCGAAGCAGAGGGGAUCUUCUACGUUAUUCUGGACGUCACCUGCGUUGUCUUUGCUGGACUUCCAUUUGCGAUCUUGAAUCUCCAGCAUAGUCCGUUCAAAAGAGGAUUUUUUUGCAGUGAUGACACCAUCAAGUACCCCUUCAAAGAAGAUACUAUAUCUUACCAGUUGUUAAUGGGAAUAAUGAUUCCAUUCGUGUUAUUUGUGAUUGUUUUUGGAGAGUGCCUUUCUAUAUAUCUGAGGUCCAGAUCCUCUUUCCUCAAUGACUACGUUGCAUGCAUUUACAAAUCAGUUGGCUCCUUUGUAUUUGGAGCAGCUGUAAGUCAGUCCCUGACCGACAUCGCAAAGUACACCAUUGGUCGGCUGAGGCCACACUUCCUGACCGUAUGCAAACCCAACUGGGGCCUUGUGGACUGUAAGUCAGGCUACAUAGAAAAAUUCUCAUGCACAGGAGACAAGACAUUGGUCAAUGAAGGCAGGCUUUCAUUUUAUUCUGGACAUUCAUCCUUUUCUAUGUACUGUAUGCUGUUCCUUGCAUUGUAUAUGCAAUCAAGAAUGAAGGGGCAAUGGGCACGGUUACUGCGGCCAACUCUCCAGUUCUUCCUUAUUGCUGCAUCUCUGUAUGUGGGCCUGUCACGAGUUUCAGACUAUAAACAUCACUGGAGCGAUGUUCUCACUGGAUUCAUACAGGGAGCCAUUGUGGCGCUAUUUGCUGUGUUCUGUGUGUCGGAUUUCUUCAAGGCUCAGCCCAAGGGACACAAAGAAGAAAUCUCACACACAACCUUACAGGAGACCACAAGCAAUGUUAAUCACUAUGGAAGCACUGAGGGAUGACAAGAAGGAGGAGACAAUGUGGGAAAUUACUAUAUCAUAUACAGUCUUGUGUAAAGGUUUGGGUCCUUUUUUUAUGUUAACACACCCUCUGUACUCAAAUAUGUUAAACCUAACAAAUAAAUGAAUGUUUACAAAAGCAUGAGAACAUGUAGUUUGACGAAGAGUGGCCAAAGUUUUGCAUGAGACUGUAUAUUUGAAAGAGGAUAUAUGACAAACAGAAAAGCUUCAGGAACAAUGGCCACUGUUGCUGCCAAUCAAUCACUGGCCUCCCUCAGUUUUAAAAUGGAUUUUAUACUGUAAAAAAUCAGCCAGCACUCCUGAACCACUGAACAUUCCAUUCAAAAUGGUUUUAGUUCUUGCAUCACUGUUACUAUAGGAGCUUAAAGCCAAAAUUGCCGUUGAAAAUUUUAGUGUUUCUGUUUUAUGAAGCUUAUCAUUCUCUAUAGUUUUCUCCAAGAGUUACAUAACACAUUUUAUGUCUCAGAGACUGAAUACCUUGUGGACUGUGUAUUAUUCACGUUCAUGACUCAUGCGUUAGGAGGAUAAUAUCCUUACAAUACAAUAUCCUUUCUAGGUUCCGAUGGGGAAAUUCUAUCAUUAAUGAUACUAGCAGCGCCUCACGAAUGUUGGGUGUGCACAUACAAGCGUUUCCAUGUAUAUGUGUGUGUAAUAAUACACUUUCCUAUAUUAUUACUGAGGAGUCACUGCCAUCUCACACCAAAUAUGGACACAAAGGGAGCAGAAUAAAUAAUAAAACGUGUCCCGUGGAGGACUGUGAGUGUUAGGAGGAACCCUGUUGAGCUUUUUUAGCAUCACGUUUUCAUUUUGUAUGUUUUCCGGUACGUGUCAAUAAGGGAAUGGCAAAUAUGGAGAAUGUGCAACAUCACAUUGAAUUUGCUUUCGGUGCAUUAUUUUUAUUUAAUUUGUUGUUUUUCUCGGCUUUAUUCUGAAAUCGUAAUGAAAGUGUAAUCUGUAACAUGCUUUAGAUAUGAAUGCCUAAAAGACUUUACAUGUAACCCUUGAAUUUGUCAGUUCUUUAGCUGGUUGCUACAAUGGUACAUCCCUGGCUGUAUCCACAUGUAUGUCAGGUUUUAUAAAGCAUUAUAAUCUCUGUUAAACAUGGAUGUUGUUUUGCCCAGCAUCACAUUAUAACAUGCUUUUGAUGUUUGUUC